GGCGUGCGGCGAGGUCCCGGGCAGAAGCACCCUCAUGGCCGAGAGCUGGACCGACGCCGCGAACCUAAGUAGCGCGCUGGGGGUCGGCGCGGCGGCCCGGGCGCUGGAGGCUGGAUGGCUGCUGCUCCAGGCAGGCAACUUCUCCUCGUCCGCCCCGGGGCCGCCGGUGGCAUCCGCCGCGCCCGCGCAGCCCCGGGCCAACCUUACCAACCAGUUCGUGCAGCCGUCCUGGCGCAUCGCGCUCUGGUCGCUGGCGUACGGCGUGGUGGUGGCCGUGGCCGUCUUAGGGAACCUAACCGUCAUCUGGAUCAUCGUGGCCCACAAGCGUAUGAGGACCGUCACCAACUAUUUCCUCGUGAACCUAGCUUUCUCUGACGCCUCCAUGGCCGCCUUCAACACCUUGAUCAACUUCAUCUACGCGUUGCACAGUGAGUGGUACUUCGGCGCCAACUACUGCCGCUUCCAGAACUUCUUCCCCAUCACCGCCGUGUUCGCCAGCAUCUAUUCCAUGACGGCCAUUGCGGUGGACAGGUACAUAGCCAUUAUUGAUCCCUUGAAGCCCAGACUGUCUGCUACAGCCACCAAGAUUGUCAUUGGAAGUAUUUGGAUUCUGGCAUUUCUACUUGCCUUUCCUCAGUGUCUUUAUUCCAAAAUUAAAGUCAUGCCUGGCCGUACUCUUUGCUAUGUGCAAUGGCCAGAAGGUCCCAAACAACAUUUCACGUACCACGUUAUUGUGAUUAUACUGGUAUACUGCUUCCCACUGCUCAUCAUGGGUGUCACGUACACCUUCGUUGGAAUCACACUCUGGGGAGGAGAGAUCCCAGGAGACACUUGUGACAAGUACCAUGAACAGCUAAAGGCCAAACGAAAGGUUGUAAAGAUGAUGAUUAUUGUUGUGGUGACAUUUGCAAUCUGCUGGUUGCCCUAUCAUCUUUACUUCAUUCUCACUGCAAUCUAUCAACAAUUAAAUAGAUGGAAAUACAUCCAGCAGAUCUACUUGGCUAGCUUUUGGCUGGCAAUGAGCUCAACCAUGUACAAUCCCAUCAUCUACUGCUGUUUAAAUAACAGAUUUCGAGCAGGGUUCAAGACAGCAUUUCGCUGGUGUCCUUUCAUCCAUGUCUCCAGCUUAGAUGAGCUGGAGCUCAAGACCACCAGGUUCCGCCCAACGCGGCAAAGCAGCCUGUACACGGUGACCAGGAUGGAGUCAGUGACGGUGCUGUUUGACUCCAAUGAUGGGGACCCCAAGGCCAACCGAAAGAAGAGAGCUCUGCAGAGAGACCCCAGCAUAAACGGGGGCUCACGCAGGGAUUCCAAAUCUGCCUCCACUACUUCAAGCUUCAUAAGCUCACCCUAUACCUCGGUGGAUGAAUAUCCCUAAAUCCAUUUCCUAAGAUGAAAGAUUGGUGUGAGGCUAUAGUGGAGCCAAGUAGGUCCCCAUUCUCCUAACCCUGCCAGUCCUAUCCUAGGUAUCCUCUGAAAGAGAAAGGUCAGUUCUUAGAUAGCUUUCCUUUACAAGAAGAGGAGAAAAACAUGAAAUAAAGAUAUUACCCAAAAAUCAGUCCACCUCAAAAAUGAGUUUUAAAUUUAUUCUUUAAAAACCUUACAUAACAAUCAAAAAUACAGAUUUGGAAAAUGCCUGUGAAAGAUCUUAUUUCUCCCAGUUAGCAACCACAAUACAACUUUGUGACAUUGUAAUGAUAGACACAUUUUCAAAGAAACUAAAGAAGCUCUAAAAUACAAACCUGGCAGUGAAGAGAAACAGGAUCUCUAUAAAACAGAGUUGUGCAUUGAGAACUAUAAAGUGAAAAAGGUAAAUGAUUUUCCUACAGAGUGAUGGAAAAUUAACUUCAAGUAGGUAGCAAAUGAAAGUCUUUGCUCAAGAAAAUUCAUUUUGUAGAAUAGAGUCUUAGAGAUUUCCUCCAAGACAUUUAACUGAAUAGGAAUUGUAGUCAAAUCAUUCUCUAUUUUUCUGGGAAUUUUUUAAAAAUAAAUACCCAAUUUUUUUCAGUACAUAUUUUAAGUGCCAAGUUAAGAUACAAUAAUCAAUUUAGGACCUUAAAAAGACAAAAGAAAUUCCUAUGAUGAACUUUUAUUUUUGCAGAUGUUUUUAAAUUAGGCAAAUUAUAAGAUACUAAAGAUUUCCCCAGUGUGAAUGGAAAGAAUCACAUUUACUUUUAUAGCUUGCUACCUGUUUCUAGGAAAGAACCAUAGGUUCAUAUCUAGUCAGAUAAGAGCAUCUCCCAACCAAAGGCAGCUGUUUCUUCCCUGUAGUCUAAGGAAAAGAACUAUAGACAUUAACUUUCACCUGGGCUACAUCCUCCUAUCAUUCUUUCAUUGAAAAAAUAAACAAAGAGUAGGGAAAGUGUCAUUAUAUAUUUCAAGUGCAAACCCUUAAGGGAAAAUGUUGUAAGAGACACAGAAGGAAAUGUAGAAAAAUAAUAAUAUACAACUUAGGAAAUCAGAAAGGAUUUAGAAAGGACUCAAUUUUUAAAAAGAUUUCCUUCAUGUAUUUUAGAGAGAGUGAGAGAUAGAAAGAAGCAGAUAGAGAGGAGAGAGAGCAAAAGUAAGCAUGGGUGUGCCAGGGCCUCCUACCAAUGCAAAAGAACUCGAGAUAUAUUUGCCACUCUGUACAUCUGGCUUUAGGUGAGCAGUAGGGAAUCAAACACAGGCCACAAGGCUUUUCAAGCAAGCACCUUUAACUGCUUAGUCAUCUCUCCAGCACAGGAUGAGUCAAUUUUAGAAAAGAAAGCUGCACAAUAGUCCAUGUGAGCUAACUCCAGCAGGGCAAGAAUAUAGCACACACCCUUCCUUCCACACAGAUACCAAUUCUUCUCUCCACUUAGAAAAUUCCAAGUUCCUACAAAAAGAAAUGAAAUCAUUGUCCUAAAAACGUAUAAAUUUUUAUUACAUAUAUAUGUAUAUACAUAUAUAUCAUAUAUAAGUACAUUUCUGAAAUCUACCACAAAAUAGAGAACUUUAAAAGUAUAGAUUUUAUCUUCCAGACCCUUGCCCAUAUACAUCAGUUUUGCAUAAGAAAUAAACUUGCUAAGCAUGUGAAUAUGCUAUACAUACUUUCCCUUUGUUCAGUUAGGUUUUCAGAGCUAUCUGCCUAAAAUAAUUUCCUCUAACACUUUGUUAUGCUCCAUCAGCUUAAGAACCAAAUACCUUUUGAAGAGCAGAAUAAAACCAAUUAUCUAAUGAUUAAUCAUAUUGGGUUACUAUCAUGACACUAAUCUCCUAAUCCUCCUCGUUAUUUUUGGGACCCAAAUCAGAAUUACCCAACCAUUACAAAAUGGUAAGUGUUUAAAACUAUAAGUAUAUGUGUUUCAAUUGAAUUUCUUUUAAUGAUACCAAUAAACAAACAUGCAUAUAUGAGUGAGAAGACAUAUACUAUCAUGUCAUGAAUAUAACAUGUAUAUAUAAUUUGAUUAAAUUCAAAGUUAAUUCUGAAGUAGUAGGCUGCCACUAUAAGAUUGCUACAAUCAACUCAGUUAAAUCUGUAAAGUUUGUAUGCAUGCUUUGGGAUAGAAAACCUAUUAUUAUUUUGUAUCUAACUGAAUACAAUGUUUUGCAUUAUUCAUUCCAAAACAUGUGAAGCUUCUCAAAUGCAAAAAUAUAAGGGAAAAAAACCUCAUGUGUACAAACAAGUAUAAUUUCUCAUUGAAUUUAUGAAUGGCCUUGGGCUGGUGUCAUUAAGUACACACAGGAUACAUGGACCAUAUUCAGUCUAGAACAUGAUUGAAGUUUGGCCUUCAAAUUUACCAUAGUCUGUGACCCCCAAAAUUCUGAAAAAUGUAACUCCUAAUGUUCAUGCUUGUUGAGGAAAUUCAAUGGAAUUUUCUAAGAUUUUUCUGAGGAAAAAU